CACCCCUUACCAAAUGUAUGACUCAAUCGUUGAUGUUCAUCAAACAAUACAUUCUGCCCGUGAUAAAGUUACUCGCCAUUCAUAUUCAUAUUUGGAACUCGCGGCCAAGGAAUUGACGCCGAUGAAAAGAAGUCGAUCAAAAUGGUGGGUUGUUGCGAAUCCCAAGUGGACUCGUCCGAGAUCCCUUUUCAUUUGAAUCCCAAGGAUAGGAAAUGCACUGACGUUCUCAUGCUCAUCAUUUUUCUUUUGGGGCUGGGAAUCUGGGUCUACAUCGGGAUGUUUGCCCUCACCCAUGGAGAUGUGAACAAGCUAAUCUAUCCGACUAACUCUCAAGGCGAGAUUUGCGGAAUUGGACCACACCUAGGUCGUCCAAAUGUGCUUUAUUUCGACCUACUUAAAUGUCUGUCGUUGGCUUCGUCGGUGGCGGGUUGUCCAACACCGCAAGUUUGUGUGGCCGAAUGUCCGACAAACUCGUAUUCGGUUCAGUUUGAGAUGCAGAAAAUCACGCCGGAGGCUGUAAUUAAAGAUCACAUUGAACCAUAUUGCCUUAGAAACAUAACUGACCAAGACUCGGUUGGCGAUCUUGUGAAGACAAGGACAUGUCCAUCGUAUUGGGUCCAGUCUAGACCUGUUUUAGGCAGAUGUCUACCCGAUAUUUUGUCGGUUAUGGAGCAAGAAAACACCUCUCAGACAAGGGGAGACAUUUUUCAGUUAUCCUCUCAAAAUUUGACUUCUGAUCGUGAUAUCGGAUAUGUGAGACUGGAUCUUGUAGACGAACAAAUGACGAUGAAUAAGCUAAGGAAUGCCACCCACACGGCUUUGGGAGUGAUUGGAGCGCGGGAUUUCUUCCAAAAGGUCACUGAAGACUUGACCUCCACUUGGCCCGUGAUAAUCUCGUGCUUGUUUCUCUCGGGCUUUUUUGCAUUCUAA